GCCGGCGGCAGCGGGCGGCGAAUGGCGGCGGCUCCGACGCGGAAGAAGCCGGGAGCGGCCGCCGCUCCGUGUGCCGCGCUCUGAGCCGGGUGCCGGCCGGGAUGGUGGGCGGUGGAGCCCCGCGGGGGACGCGACGCUGAGCGGCUGCUCGGCCGUGCUCUGCUUUCCCAAGUGAGAGUGGUGUGGCUGGGGCCAGUAUUUAACAAUGAGUGGUGCAGCACUGGGCCUCGAGAUAGUGUUUGUCUUUUUCCUGGCCUUAUUCCUACUUCACCGGUAUGGAGACUUCAAGAAACAGCACAGGCUGGUGAUUAUAGCAACAUUAUUGGCUUGGUAUCUCUGCUUCUUGAUUGUAUUCAUCCUGCCUCUUGAUGUCAGUACGACUAUUUAUAAUCGAUGCAAACUUGCGGUUAACUCCAGUCCUGCAGAAAGUAAUGGCUCUUACAUUACUCUUGCUCCAAGCAGCAAACAAAAAUGUUUCAAACCCUGGAGUUAUAUUCCUGAUGGAAUUAUGCCAAUUUUCUGGCGUGUUGUAUAUUGGACGUCUCAGUUUUUAACAUGGAUUCUGCUACCUUUCAUGCAGUCAUAUGCUAGAUCAGGAGGGUUCUCCAUCACUGGAAAGAUCAAAACUGCUUUGAUUGAGAAUGCCAUCUAUUAUGGCACUUAUUUGCUGAUUUUUGGAGCAUUUCUAAUAUAUGUAGCUGUAAACCCAAACUUCAAUUUACAAUGGAAUCAGCUUCAGACUAUUGGAAUAGCUGCUGCAAACACAUGGGGUCUGUUCCUUCUUGUGUUGCUUUUGGGUUAUGGUUUGGUGGAAAUUCCUCGUUCUCACUGGAAUGGGGCCAAGAGGGGUUAUCUACUCAUGAAGACUUACUUCAAAGCUGCCAAACUGAUGACUGAAAAAGCAGAUGCAGAGGAGAAUUUAGAGGAUAUUAUGGAGGAAGUCCGCAAAGUAAGUGAGAGCAUCAAAUAUAACCACCCCUUGCGGAAAUGUGUUGAUACAAUACUGAAAAAGUGCCCUACUGAGUACCAGGAAAGAAUGGGUAGGAACAUGGAUGAUUAUGAAGAUUUUGAUGAAAGACAGAACAGUUAUCCCAGUGAAAAAAGUUUGGCCAAACUUCACAAACAGGUAAUCUAUUCAGUGCAGAGACAUCGUCGUACACAGGUCCAGUGGCAAAUUCUUUUAGAGCAAGCAUUUUACCUGGAAGAUGUGGCAAAAAAUGAAAGCAGUGCAACUCGACAGUUUGUUCAUACUUUUCAUUCCCAGGAACCAGAAAAUAAAAUUGUUCAGUAUUUCUACACGCCAACGGUUGAGUGGUACUGGGAAUGCCUUCUCCGACCAUGGUUUUACAGAGUGCUUGCAGUUGUGUUGGCCAUGUUCUCUGUAAUUGUUGUGUGGUCAGAGUGCACAUUCUUCAGCACAAAACCAGUUCUGUCACUAUUUGCUGUUUUCAUACAGCUGGCAGAAAAGACAUAUAAUUAUAUAUACAUAGAGAUGGCCUGUUUUCUUACCAUCUUUUUCUUAAGUAUCUGUGUUUACUCUACUGUAUUCAGGAUCCGUGUAUUUAACUAUUAUUACUUAGCUUCACAUCAUCAGACAGAUGCAUACAGUCUCCUUUUCAGUGGCAUGCUAUUCUGCCGUCUAACUCCACCAUUGUGUUUGAACUUUCUGGGCUUGACCCAUAUGGAUGCAACAAUCUCUCACAAAAAUACUCAGCCAACUGCUUAUACAUCCAUAAUGGGAUCCAUGAGAGUGCUGUCCUUCAUUGCAGAUGGAUUCUACAUAUACUACCCAAUGCUUGUUGUCAUUCUUUGCAUUGCUACGUACUUCAGUUUAGGAACUCGUUGUUUGAAUCUUUUGGGAUUCCAGCAGUUCAUGGGUGAUAGCGAAAUGACCUCUGAUUUGAUUGAUGAAGGAAAAGAGCUAAUUAGAAGAGAGAAAAGAAAACGACAGAGGCAGGAAGAAGGUGAAAACAGAAGGAGGGAAUGGAAGGAGCGAUAUGGAAAUAGAGAUGAUUCCACCAGAAGCAGAGCUGUCCACACAGACCAGAAAGAAUCCAGCUUCUCAGAGACCAACGCCAAUAGACCACUAUCAAAGUAUACUCGUUCAAAUGGUAGGACUGAAAGAGAUAGAAUAGAACUCCUCCAGGAUGCAGAACCUUUGGAUUUUAAUGCAGACUCUGUUAAUGAUGACCCCCUUGAAUCGGACUCGGGAAGGUACCAGCCUGGUGGAAGAUACCUGUCUAUGUCUCGAAGCAAAAUAUUUGAUGAUGUCUAAGCUCAUCAAAGCUAAAGAAAAUUCAGUGGAAAUAUAGCUUCUACUCAUUGCUUGGAAAAUUGUAUUUGCGAUAGAUCACUGAACCAUCAAAGACUCUUUUAAAAAAAAACAUGAAGGAACAACUCUUUUGGACAUGCACAUUUAUGAUAACUUCACCACUUGUGAAGUGGUGAAGUUUUAUACCUUUUGGUAUAAAUUUUGGAAUGAUGUGUGUUCGUCAAAAAAGGCUGUAUUUUUUGUUUUCCAACAUUAUACAUGGGCAUAUGAUUUUAGCAUAUAUAAAUAGUUGAAAUUUAAAAGGGACCUGAGUGUCACUGUCAUAUGAGCAUAUGUGCAAUAGCAAGAAUACAUUGUUGAAGAUACAAUGUCUGCUUAAGAUCUUUACAGAUUUAAUUAUUCAAAAUCAUGGCACUCUAGCAUUUUUAUAACUGUAAAAGAAACUUACUAUGAAGAUGGAGUUAUAUACUGAAACAUGGUAAUUUGCAUGCACCUCAGGCACGGCUUCAAACUGUAGAGUAUUUCUUUAAAAGAAGGGAAAUACAUAGCAUGACUAGGUAAUGCUAAACACUUUUAAUAUCCUAAAUACUCUGGUUGCAUUAUGUAUCAGUUUUUUAAGGUGCCUGUAUUUUGCAGUAGGUUGUUGCAAAAAGAGUAAUACUUUGCCAUUCAAAAAUGCCAAUUAUUAACAGUGUAAAAAAAGCUUCACUUUAAUUUCAUUAGUGUAGGCAUAUUUUUAAACCAUAGUUAGUUGUAUGAAUUUUCAAAUAUAAUCAUAAGGUAAAAUAUGUGGUCAAAUUAAUUAUAAUUUUCAUAAUUUGAAUAAUUUAAAAUGCUGCUUUUAUCCAGUUUGUCUGAAAUCUUUACCACUUGGGAGCUUUCUUAUGUGCUUAUUGCAAAGUUACAUUGAAAAUUAAAAGAGAACAUGUUUUUAGUAUACAUUCUUUAUCAUGCUUGAAAAACACAUCCCUUAAAGCAGCUAGGAACGAGUUAUUCUGAAAAGUAAAUUUUCAUGAAUGACAUUCUAGUAAUUUUUUGAAUAGUCUGUGUUUUUUCAAGUAAUUGUUAAUGGGGAUCUAACUCUACCUCCUGUGAUUUUAGUACACGUGUUGUGAUAGUAGUGGGAUUUGUAAUACAUUGAUCUGCCUGUUUUGAAACACUGAAUUGUUAUGAUGAAGGAGAAAAAAAAUCUUUAUUUGUAUAGAAAUAAUUAUAUUAAUAAAUUGGCAGACAUCAAAUAAUUGUCAGUUUUAUUCUUAGGUGAAUACAGUGAAUGUCAGCCAUGCCCACAGGCAUUCAAGCUCAUGCAAUUUCCAGACUACUCAUAUGAGGUCACUUUUUAGUUUGAGUAAUUUGUGUUCAUAAAAGCUUUUUCCAUGUCUUAGGCUUGAAUCUUAUCAGGUACUGGAAGUUGAGAAGAUGAGUCUCUUUAUUCAGAUAUUUCUUCAGGAAUUCUACAGUAGCACCUAUUUAAUUUAUGUUUGAACUACUUAGUACUGCUAUCUUAAAUUCAUCCUUACAUGAAAGGUGUAUAUGUUCUUGGGCACCUAACCACAUAAAUGUUCUUAGACUCCAUAUUUUUGUUUUAAAAAUUUGUAUCAGUGGUUUAUAAAAAUCUUUGGCAGAAAUAAAAUUCAAACUCUUUAACUUUUGAGAUGUCACUUCAAAGGGAUCUAAUUCAGGGCCAGUAGAAAAGCUAUUAGAAGGAGCAUCUGUUUUCUGAAAAUCUGUGAAAUAACCUUACCUAGUCCCUUGUGACCAGCCAAUGGGAUUGAGCCUUCUUGGGACCUGUUUUUUCCCCUUUCAGUGAAAUGGCUGCAAACAGAAUUUUCAGGGGAAAUGUGGUCAGGAUUUUAUAUAUAACAGGGAACUAGUCCCUAGUGCAGAUUUCACUGGAAUACAGUAAUUUGAAGAGUUGACUGUAUAAAUUAAUGGCAGUGGAAUUUCAGAUUUAACAUAGACAUUCUGAGCUGAGCAUUUUUGAUGUUGCAGUGGAGUAAGGGAGAACCAGUAGCUGCUUUUGGAGCUCUGAAAAGCUCUAAAGAAUUCUCUGUAUUGUGCUUGGCAAUGCCUGGUGUCACAUCCUCCCUGGAUGUUGUUCGGAUAAACAAAGAGUUGGUAAGUGAAGUCAGGUUUCCUCUGUAGUGUGUAUUGCUGACCAGGAGUUAUCCAGGCUCUAAUUACAUGCAAUUUACUGGCUAAGUUAAAGUAUGUUUUGAAAACUCAUUAUGGGUUCAUAUGACUGAAUCUGGAAUACUUUCAAUAAAGAAAUAUGGUGUAUAACUAUAGAAGAAUAAUAUUUGCUGUUCACUUGAGCUAGUUUCAAACAAGUUUGGUUACUGCUAGUACAAAUAAUGCAGAACUUGGCUGGGGGCUGUGUCCCUAAGGAUUUACCCCACUUCAGAGAGCUGUGGAUGCCCUGUCCCUGGAAACAUUCAGGCCCAGGCUGGACAUGGCUCUGAGCUCCCAGAUGUAGUUGAAGAUGUGCUGGCUGGUUGAAGAAGGCUUAGACUAGGUGGCCUUUACAGAUCCCUUCCAACCCAAACUGUUCUGGGAUUCCAUGGUGCUUCUCAGCCAGAUUGUGACAAUUCUUGAUGGGUUCUUUCCUGCUACAGCUCCCAACCCAACAGCCCUACAGCUAGAUGAAGUUAAAACUAGCUUUGAUAUGUUUAAGCAGUGACUGUACUCUAGACCAACAGUAUUCCUGCAUCACUUCUGAUGCUCCAGAUUAGGUGAUUUCAAAAACAAUUCCCUUGCAAACGAUGCUUUUGGGAACUGAGCGUUAAUGUAUUUUUCUGUCAGUGUAUAUAUAGAGUCAUAUUUAUUUGCUGCUAAAGAAUGUCAAUUAUAUAUUUCUUUAUUAUUUCACUUCCUGAAUUACUGAGCAGUUAGUGUACACAUCUUGGCAUCAUUUCUGCAGUUUUCUCUCCAUCAGUGAACACUGAAAAAAGCCCCAAAACACCAAAAAUCCCACCCAAGUACAAAUGUUUGAAUGUCUUCCUGUCAAAUAUUUAAAUGAGUGAAAAAUAAUGUGUGCAAGUCACAACGAGCUCCAAAAAGCAGUGUGAAAACAGUGCCUAAUCAGUGUUGGAGUUCUGUACUCAAACUUAGUACUCCUACUAGAUUUAUAGUUCUCUUUUUCUUACUACAUACUUCCCAGUAUACAUACUCAUCUAAGGAGGGGUGCAUCUCAGCUGUGAAGUGAGGCAGUGUUUUUAUGAGGGAAGGUAAAAGGUAUGUAAAUUCUAAUCUGUGCUCAUAGUGAUAGUCUGCUUUGGGCAAAGGAAGACGUAGCUCUUUAUUUAACUACAAUGAAGUCUUAAGAAAAAAAGAAACUUUAUGCUUCUAUAAAUUACACUACUGAAAAAUCAUGGUAUGCAAUCUUGACUUUAUUUUGCAAUCAAGCACUUGUAAAGUAGUCAUUAAAAGUAUUAACAGGGAUGGUGGAAAGCUACUGUCCUUUCAAUAUUUAUUCAUGCUGUUUUAAAAUAUAACAUGGAAAAUUAUUUUUACAUACGAAGUAUUAAAAAUUAUUACUAUGAUUUUCUAUAAUUAUGGUAAUUUGUAUUUUACUAAUUUUCUGGAUUACUGUAAAUAUGUGAAAAAUACUACAUUUAGUUUCAGUUUUUAUUAUUGCUUUAAUUACUUGAAAUCUGAGGGGCAUUCAUAAUACCAAAUAGAGAACACUUUAUGAAGGAAAACUUUAUUAAGCUUCUUUUAAAAAAUCUGACUGGUUCAUUACAGACAUAAUAGGUGCAUCUUCAUUAUUAACAAUACACUACUAAGGGGAUAUAUAAUGUCCUAAGUUUUUAAUUUUUCUUUGAAAUUAAAAAAAAAAAUUGUUACUUUUUUCAGAGCAGCUUAGUUGUGAAUCUUGUAAACUUUCUGAAAAUUUUACAUUUCCUAUCCCUGAUGGGCUCUGCAGGAAUAUGUACUGCUUCAUGGCAGUCACCUAAUACUAGCUGUGCCUCUAAUUAAGUAGUCUAAUCUGAAGCUGAGACACUCCUACACCAUUUGAUUAUAGUAACAGAAAUUCAGCAUUCCUAGCAAAAAGAAAAAAAGGCACGUAGAUAGAUCCCUUUUAAAUACAUUAAUUACUGUUGUUGAUUUUAUUGCAUUAUAUUUGGUACCCUCUGUUUGGGUCAUAUGGUAAGCCACAUCGGGUUUAUUCUUUGUUUCUCUUAGAAUGCAUUGGAACAAAGUUCUCAGCAUGCUUUUGUGUGUAUGUGUGUUGUUUUAGUAUGCAGAUUCAGUUAUUUCCUCAGGAUAAUGUUGUUAUAUAUGACAUAUUCCUGAGAACUAGUAGUUUCAGAGUGAUACCUUAGCUGUCACUGUAGAAAUUAAUUAUUUCCUAUAGAAAUACAUUGUGCUUCUGAGUUAUCUGGAAGAUAAGGGAAUUCAUUUGUAAGUAUGGUUUUAGUAGUUGACCUCCAUUCUCCAGUGUAUAUCAAGAUAGGCUGUAGGAGUGCUGCUUAUGGAUAGACUAUCUUAUUUUGCCUUAUGAUACAAGUAUGUAUGCAUAAAUACCUUGUUUUGAAAUUCAUGGAGUUAAACAUUUUUUCUGUAGUGUUCUGAAUUACUGUUGUACUGGAUUAUAUUUUUGAAAUGUGUGUUAUAAUAUAUAUAGUCAAAUACUUAAAUUGGCAUGAAAUAAAUAAUUUCUGCAAUACA